AUGAUCAAGGAGAUGAACUAUUCUGGGGCGCCGGUGCUCAAGGCAGAGGCUGUCGAGUCUCUGCUAGAGUACAUGUACAGGAGAUCAGUUGAGUUUGGUGUUCCUGUGGACACGCCCAUCUCCUCCAAAGGAUUCCGCUUGGGAUACUCCCUAGGACUGGGAUUUGUUGGUCUCUUCACAUGGCUCGUUGUACAAUACGAUGAUCUCGUUGGACAGGCAGAGGGGGCAAUGGUUGAGGAGGCCAUGGCCUUCCAGAAGCGUUUCUUCAGCGGCCAGCGCCAGAAGCACAACCUGCUAGAAGGCCUUGCAACUCUUCUACGGGAGGCCUACGACCACUGGGACCCCGUGUUGGCCAACAUGCUUCAACUAUCCGCCUUGAAGUUUUUGACCUGCAACCUGUUGGAGCGACACGAAGGCUUCUUAAGCUUUGAAGUUACCAGAGCAGGCGAGAAGUUCCCUGAUUUCCUCAGAGACAUGUCGGGAAUCAACGUUGCAUACGCCGUCUUCUGCUACCCUAAAGCGAUGUAUCCUGACGUUUCACAAUGGAUCGAGGCCAUUCCAGACAUGGCCAGAAUCAUCGAUAUCGCAAACGACGUCUUUUCUUUCUACAAAGAAGAGCUCAGCGGCGACACCCGAAACUAUAUUCACAACCGGGCUCUGACCACGGGAAGGCCACUUCUUCAAAUCGUUGAGGAGACCAAGGAGGAGACAAUGAGUUGUGCCAGGCGGGUCGCGACCAUUCUCAAAGGAAGGGGCACGUAUGAAGCAUCCUGGAACGAGUGCGUCGCGGGCUACAUAGCCAUGCACACAACAAACGCACGUUACAGGUUUGCCGAAAUGGGUCUCGGGGAGGAGCACCCCCUCGCCCCCUUUGAGCACAGGAUCGGUGAGCUGUUUGACCGUAUGAAGACGGAGAUACGAUGA